GAUUUCAUUGUGAAUAUUGUGAUUGUCAGUCACUUUGUUCGUCUGCUUGAAGAUUUUUUACUUUUCAACUUCAUUUCAUACCGCAAUCUAGAAUCUACAUCGUAACGUACUUUAGAAUCAGGUAUAAUAUCAUAAAGUUUGCGGUUCUAUUUCCCUUAAGACAAGUUUUUAUCACUUGAAAGUGUAAUUUUCAGUUUUUAGUCCUAUAUUGUAGACUUAUUUCAUUAUUAUUGGAGUUUUUUUUCAGUGAAAGAUAAGAAAAGUUAACUUAUAUAAAUUUGUUUACAAAAAUUAUUCAGGAAAAAUCUUGGUAGAAAGAAUCUGCUUCCAACCUCAUUUCUUCAAUAAAAUAUAGCCAAGCAAUUGCCUGGUGUGUCACAAGGAUAUGCGUGAUAAGUCUCAGUGCACAAACAACAAUCACCAGUUCUCAGAAGUAGAUGAAAACAUUGGAAAGAAGUAUGUGUCUAAAAUCAGAUGGCCAGAUCUGCUAGCUCAAUUAUUCGUACAUGGCGGUGGAAUUUUUGGCAUUUAUCUGAUUUUUACAUCUGCAAAACUUCUCACCGCAAUAUGGGCCAUCGUACUUACGUAUACGUCGGGAUUUGGAAUCACAGCUGGAGCUCAUCGUCUAUGGUCGCAUAGAGCGUACAAAGCCAAAUGGCCACUUAGAUUACUCUUGGCAUUCCUAUUCACAAUUUCCGGACAGAGGCAUGUGUAUGCAUGGGCAUUAGAUCAUAGAGUUCACCACAAGUUUAGUGAGACGGACGCGGAUCCGCAUGACGCAAGGCGUGGCUUUUGGUUCGCACAUGUCGGCUGGCUGUUCCUCACGCCGCAUCCGGCCGUCGUCGCCUGCCGCAAAGCGAUCGACAUGUCCGAUUUGGAGAACGAUCUGAUUGUCGUCUGGCAGAGAAGACUUUACAUUCCUCUGUUUGGAAUUUUGUGCCUUGGCCUUCCAGUAUUCAUUCCUUGGUACUUCUGGAAGGAAACAUUGUUCAAUGCCUUCUUUAUAAGCUUCAACACACGUUUCUCAGUAACACUGAACAUGGCAUUUGCAGUCAACAGCUUUGCUCAUAUGUAUGGACAAAAGCCUUAUGACAAAAACAUAAUGCCAGUGGAAAACCUGUUGGUUAGUGUGGGUGCUCUGGGCGAAGGCUGGCACAACUUCCACCACGUCUUCCCUUGGGACUACAAGACGUCCGAGUUGGGUCACUACUCGUUCAACCUGACCACUGCCUUCAUUGACUACUUCCGGCGGAUCGGCUGGGCGUAUGACUGCAAGCGGGCGUCGGCCGAAAUGAUCCGCAGCAGAUCGCAGCGAUGCGGCGACGGAUCGCGACCUGUCUGGGGCUACGGCGACCGCGAUAUGAGCUGCAGCGAUCUGAAACUGAUCGAAUGAUCUGACAAAGUGUCGUACACUGAAUGCUCUAUAAUUGAACUGAUCCGACAAUGUUUUGUCUCACACUGAAUGCUCUAUUUUUAAACUGAUUCGACAAUGUGUUGUCUCACACUGAAUGCUCUAUUCUUAAACUGAUUCGACAAUGUUUUGUCUCACACUAAAUGCUCUAUUCUUGAACUGAUUCGACUAUGUGUUGUCUCACACUGAAUGCUCUAUACGUAAACUGUAUACUUAAUCCGACAAUGUGAUGAAUUUUCCAUGCUUGAACUGAUCCGACAUUUUGUCGUCUCACACUCAAUGCUUCAAGUUUCCAUCAGCUGCGCCGCACUUAACAGCGACACAAUUUGUGACCAAAUCUUAUCUAUCUAUUAAAGAAAGCUGCCUUCUACUCCUAUUGGCACGAUUAUUGUGAUAUCCACACAUUCAACUCAUCAUCAUUGUCGAUUGGAAUUAAAUAUUUAAAAUACUGAUACCAAAUGGCCUUUUGCUUCCAAGUGUGUGUGAUAAUGUUGCUGUUGACUACUAAAAAAAGUAUCCAUUAAGAUCUUUGCAAGCUUCCUUAAAUGUUAUCGACUGACUCCCAAUUUAUAACCGAAGGAAAAGUUCUCAGGAUGUUGCAUUUGGAACUGGACUUUAGUAUAACCUAAUUGUUUAUUAUUGUGUUGUCUUCCCGUAUAUCAUUCGUUUCUAUCUUCUUGGUAAUUUGAUGUAUGUUUCAUGGGGUAUAUUAAUAAUUUAUUCUUUUUAAGAUGUUGUGGAUCCAUUAUUUUCUCUACUAUAGAAUAUUAAUUAUCAAAUUAUUCUUAGAUCAGUCAUAUAUUUACCGUAAAUAAUAAUAGGGUACCUAUAGAAUUCUACUUCACCAAAAAAUUGUGCAAAACACCAACGUCUAUUUUGUAAUGAUUAUUAAUUGAGUUAAUGACGCUGAUACAUAAUUAAUAAUAAUAGGCUAUGUUUAAUAGACUGUGAUAGUGUAGCCUCUUAUUGAUGUUAGUUUGCUCUACAUAUUUAUUUCGUUGUUCGAUGAAGACUGCGUAAAUAUUAGUAGUAGGUGUUCAGAAAGCGAGAAGUUUUAUUUAUUUAUUCCACUUGUGUUAUUCAACGUUCUUUUCUUCUUUAUGAAGAUUCACAUUGCAAAUAUAAGUUCCUUUUCAAUAAGUGAGACAAUUAUGGUUUCGUUAAUAUCAAUAAUCAAGUAGAUCAAAAGUAGUUAUUUGUAAGCUAGUCUUUUUCCUUUUAUUGAGUCAAUUAUUACAUCGGAAAGUAAAAAUUUUUGCCUUGACCUGUUUGUCGAAUUUUUGUUUAAUAUCGUUGAAGUUUGGUUUGGUUGAAAUAUAAACCGAACAAUCAAGUUGAUGUAGCCUAGAAUUGUAUUUUUUUCAAAUUUUAAUCUUCCUAAAAAUGAAGAGUUGGAAAGUACCGGUAUUAACCAAACUUAUUCAAUUUAUUUUUACACUCACACAUACAAGUUUAAUACAGGGAUUAACAAAAAGAAUACAUGCAAACAACAACAAUACACAUUAGAACAAAAUAAAAAGAGAGUGGUGCAAAAAAGGGUAGAAGAUUGAAGGGGUUUUCCAACUAUGGAUAUCCAUGUACUAGGAAAACCUCCAAUCUUUGAGAGGGCGAAAAAGGUAUCAGGAAUAGUAAAACUUGAAUUUCAACUACCUUCUUCCACAGAAUACGUGAUGUUUACUUUAUUUCUUCGUUGAUACUUAUAACUAGGUCAAUUUUGAUGGAUUUCAAUGUCAAUAUUAAUUAUUAUAUUAUUUAGAUUUUAAUAAUGUCAUAUAAUAUUACCAGUAACUAUAGCUCUCCCAACAAUCCACAUUUACCAUAAAACUUCAAUUUCAGAAACAGUAAUGUAAAUACUGUUACAUACUUUAAGUUUUUAGUUUUAGACUCGUAAGUUAAUGAUACUUAGAGAGGUCGGCUCUUGAAGUGGUCACCCUUACAACGGCAGUAACAGACACAUGAAUCCCACUUAUCAUCAGCGCAGCCAACUGCUUUCCCAUAUUUUUUAGUUUUUUUUUGUAUGUUUUGUUUGUACUCAAGUAAUUAUCUAAUUAUUGAUCAUCUAUUCUGUUGUGGAAAUAACUGCUUGUAUUUCUUCAUCGCUUAUAAGAGACAGCAACAUAGCUUGAUUCUAGCAGAUAAAAAUACAUGCCUUUCUAGAAAGAGUAUAUAUAUUUUAAAGAGACCCACUUACUUACGAAGCGCUACAGCCCUGCGUGGACCUUGGCCUCCUCAACAAUUUGCCUCCAUUCAUCUCUCUGAUUAGCCAGUCUCUUCCAGUAACUCACUCCUAGGCAUGCUAGAUCUUUUUCUACAUCCUGCAGCCAACGUGUUCUCGGGCGACCUCUUUUCCACCUUCCUUCCAUUCUUCCAACAAGCAUCUGCCUCUGCAUCCUAAUGUUCUCCAUUCUUUGCACAUGUCCCAGCCAGCUGAUUCGUCUAGACUUUAUGAAUCGUACUAAAUCUUUUUCCCGAAGAAUGCUACUCAUCUCUGCAUUGCUUCUGAUUCUCCACUCUCCAUUUUCACAUAUGGGACAUGAAUUCUUAUUAUUAUUUUAUUAAAAGAGACAUGCAUCCCAUUUAAAACUUGAUACCAUACAAUUAAAUAGAUUUGUCUACCACGGGUUUUCACCAUGAUUACCAAUUAAAACAAAUUAUAUUACCUUAUCUACUUGAGUAGAAAUCGCAUCGACACUUAGUUACCUACCAGUUCCCAAUUCAACAUUCUGUAGUUAGAUAUUACUUAGUUUCAAACUCUUCCGUUGUACAUCAUUAAUUUUGUCUAUUGCCCAAUAGUUAAUUCCCAUGCAAUUUAUUUGUAUUACAAUCAAUUAAAUAGCGUUAGAGAAAUACUCUUGACUGAUGUGAUUUAUUAAUUUAUCCAAUCAUUGAACUUAAAUUUUUGCAUUACUUAUAUUGUUUAUAUUUUUAUGCUCUUUUCAUAUCUCUGCACAGUUUCAUAUCUUACGAGUAUAUUGUUAUAUUGUCACACGUUUAUCUCUAUAACCGUAAGAUUUGGCUACAGUUAUUAUAUAACCAUGUUUAUCAUCAGAUGUUUUAUUGACAGAAAUAUAAAAUUACAAACAUCUUAGAAAUACAUAAUAAAAGCAAUACAAAUUUUACAACAUGGGAAAAUACUAUUACAAAAUAAAAUGCAAUGCCAAUUGAGUAUUUGCAUCUCGAGGUACUAAACCUGUUUGAGAUGGUGAAAUAAAAUUGAUUUCAAAAGUAGCGCUAAAGUGUAGUUACUGAGGCCGACAGUCGCAUAUGAA